AAAUAAAAGCUAAUGUAUAAUUUUUUUCCUUCACAGUUGAGCAUGCCUUUGAAGAACCGGAAGGGGAAGGUGGAGAAGCCCCGCCCACUGAAGAUCUGUACUUUGGGAGACCAGUCGAUGGAAAACGUCCUCUCAGACAUGGACUUGGUAGCCCAGUACCUGAACUCGGGCACCUAUGACCGCAGUGUCUACCCCACCAUUGCUGCCCUGUGUGAGAACCUCAAGAUGUUUGGACCGCAGCUCGAAAACGUGUACAAAGACCAACUCGACAAGUGCUACAUCUCUCUGCGGAAUGGGUGCAGGGACGACAGGCUCAAUCUUGCCGCCAGAUACCGUCUCCUGGAGGUAAUUGAGCUGCGGGCCAUGCACUGGCAGCCCAAUGAGAAUCUCAUCAAUUAUUACAAGCAGAAACUGGUGCAGAUUGAGGCUGAGGAAGCCGCCUUGGAGGACCAACAGGGCGACCUCUCCGGCCAGACCACCCCGAGCACCAUCAUGACCCCCACCAGCACCUCACAGAUGAUGAUCCCCGGGCUGCAGCCUUACCAGCAGCCGAUCUACAACCAGCAGCAACAACAACAGGUCCCUGCACAGCACCCACCCACACCAACACUUCUGGGGCCGGGGGAGAUUAUCAGGAACUCGGGGAAGUUUGCUAAACCCACCAGGAUCCCUGGCAAGAACUACUGCAAAGAUGAGGUCGUGAUUCGCAAUGCUGAUUCAGGGAAAGUUAUGGGGAUAAAAGGAAGAAGGGUGCACAUGAUCGAGGAGCUAUCGGAGACCAUCAUUUCAUUCCAGAGAGUGGCCCCUGGUGCUAGAGAACGCUUGGUGCAGAUCACUGGACCUGCUGAGGAGAACAUCAACCAAGCCAAACACCUGAUAGAGGAGACAAUUAGACGCAAUGCAUCUCCAGUGCGCGGGGAUGAACGCGGCUCCAUUUUCAGCAGCAUGGGAGGGUCAUCGUCUUCCAUUUCAUCUCACACCUCGGAUGAAACUCUACAGGUACUGAGGAAACAACUCUCGCUUGAUGAAAUGGCAUUCAGUUCUCGACAUGCAGGCUCCAAAAGAAACACCCUAGUCCACAGCCAGUCGAUGGGAGACGAACCAAUAGGGGAGUACCGGUACACAGUGACCCAUGGCUCGGAUGCCUUGAGAAUCACAGGCAACAACCUGCAUCUUGUGAGGACAGCAAAACUGGUGCUUGAUGAAUUCUUUAAUGGAGAAAGGAAUCUGAACAACAUUGCUCUCCUUCUGGGAACAGACACUCCAAGUGACCCAGCUGUAGAAUCCCCAACAUCAGCAGCCAUGACAGGCUACCAGGGCCGCCAGCCUUCGCCACCCGUACAGACCCCAACGGAACUUGAUCCAACAUCAGAUGGUAUCAAAGGUGUGGUGACAGUGGUGCGGCAGCCACUUUUCCCUUCAUCGUCAAAGGAGGCUAUAGAAAGUGCAGAGUGCGGAAGCAAUCCAGGUGACGUCAGCUCAAAGAACCGCCGCGCAUUGUUCCAGAAGACAAGUGAGGACCGUGCUACAAAUGGGGAUGACACGCCCUCCACUCCCGGUCCCGCCACAUGUCCCGCUCCCGAGGCCGCCGCGCCGGAACCCGUUCCUGCCGUUCCCGCUCGUCGCACCUACACCCGGGACUUCCUUGUGAAGUGUGCCGCCUCUCCCCUAAGCCGCCUCACCCCAAACAACUGGUCGCAAGUGGUGCGGCAAUCGCCCUUGGUCCUCAAGAAGAGCUGGCAGUAUCAAGCAGGUGUGGUAGCGACACUGAAUGAACAGGGAGACGCAGCCCUUAAUGCAGUGCCUACGUACCUCCAGGCAAGUGACCUGGAGGACGCGGCAGCCUUGGCCAAGAGGGAACUGCGCUGGACCCUGGUCAGAACAAUGUCCACCACUGAGGAAGAUGAUAAUGGAAAUAACAGCACCUCUUAGAAGAAUGGUUGUGAAGUUUGUAUAUUAAAUAACAGUGGAAGGAAUUUUAUGAUGUUGCGUUAAUAUUAAUUGUGUUUUUAUAAACAGAUAUAUAUGUAUACAUGUAAGGAUUAUCAUGUGAAGUUGUCUUUUUGAUACAUGUUUCUUUGUCUCUUUGUCUUUUGUGGCAUUUGACUUGAUGUCAAAUGCAUUUUUGUUUUUUUUUACAGAUCUGUUUGUUAGAUGAUAUGUAUUGU